AUGGCCUCAAAUGUAUCCUUCUCUCUUUUGUUCCUCUGCUUCUCUUUCGUUCAUUUUCCCCUAUUUUCAUCACAAUCAACCCAUUCAUUCCCCAAAGAAGCCCUCCCCACCAAGUAUGGUUACCUUCCAAUCACCCCCACUUCCACUUCUGCAAUUUUCUACGCCUUCUAUGAAGCCCAGAACUCCACUUUACCUCUCUCCCAAACCCCGCUUCUUAUUUGGCUCCAAGGUGGCCCUGGUUGCUCUUCCAUGAUUGGCAAUUUCUACGAGCUUGGACCUUGGCGCGUCACCCAAUCCCUCACCCUUCAACGCAACCCUGGUUCUUGGAACAGAAUAUUUGGCCUUCUUUUUCUUGAUAGUCCCAUUGGAUCUGGCUUCAGUGUUUUCUCAACCCCAGAAGAGAUUCCAAAAGAUCAAAACGCCGUUGCCAAACACCUCUUUGCUGCUAUAACCAAGUUUGUUCAACUUGAUCCUGUUUUCAAGCAUCGCCCUAUUUAUAUUACUGGGGAAAGCUAUUCUGGCAAGUACGUACCAGCAAUUGGGUACUAUAUAUUGGAGAAAAAUGCAAACUUGGAGGCUUCUGAAAGAGUGAAUUUAGCUGGUGUGGCUAUUGGGGAUGGGUUAACAGACCCGGAAAAUCAAGUGGCUACUCAUGCUGUGAAUGCUUAUUAUACUGGAUUGAUCAAUGAGAGGCAGAAGAAUGAGUUGGAAAAAGCUCAGUUGGAAGUAGUUGGGUUGAUCCAAAUGGGGAAUUGGAGUGAAGCAACGGAUGCUAGAGGCAAAGUGCUGGAAAUGUUGCAGAACAUGACAGGGUUGGCUACUUUGUAUGACUAUACUAGAAAUGCUCCGUACGAGGAGGAUUUGGUUGAACGAUUCUUGAACAUUGCGGAGGUGAAGAAGGCCUUGGGGGUCAAUGAAUCAUUUGUGUAUGAGACAUGUAGUGAUGUUGUUGGAGCUGCAUUACACGCUGAUGUGAUGAAAAGUGUGAAACAUAUGGUGGAAUACUUGGUGAGGAGGAGCAGGGUGUUGCUAUAUCAAGGUGAAUAUGAUUUGAUGGAUGGUGUGGUCCAAACAGAGGUUUGGGUGAAGACAAUGAAAUGGGAAGGGAUUGUGGAGUUUCUAAAUGCAGAAAGGAAGAUAUGGAAAGUGAAUGGUGAGCUUGCCGGGUAUGUACAAAAUUGGAAGUCUCUGACCAAUGUUGUGGUUUUGGGAGCUGGACAUCUUUUGCCUACAGACCAGUCUCUAAAUUCUCAAGCUAUGAUAGAAGAUUGGGUUUUGAGAAGGGGUUUGUUUCAAAACUUGCCUGAGGCAAAUGUAUCAAGUAAGUCUAUAUUUGCUGAGUAA